AUGGGUGGUAGCUGCUGGUGGCGCCGCUGCUGGAUUAUGUGGAUUGCCGUGGGCUUCUUUGGUCUGCGGUUUGUGGGAGAACGCUGUCAUGUAUCUUUAUGCAACCUACUGCCCACCCGGGAAUCGCGUGGUGCAGGAUCCCCCUGUGGGUGGUCACUCUGGUGGGUGCUCACAGGAGUUUGCCUUCUGGCUGCGAGCCAGAUUGCAUCUACAAGUACCGGAUACUUCGACCCCGCGGGCUUCACCACCAACGAGUCCACGUUCCGCAAUCUGCGCGUCGCGGAGAUCAAGCACGGCCGCGUCGCGAUGAUGGCUGCUCUUGGCGCGGUGGUGCAGCACUACGUCCAAAUUCCCGGCUUCGAGGGCAUCCCCAAAGGCCUGGGCGCGGUGAACGCGUCCCCUGGCAAGGAGGGCGCCAUCGCCCUGAUCCUCAUCUGCGGUGGGCUGGAGCUGGCGGUUUGGACCGAUGACGAGAGCAAGGAGCCCGGCAACUUCGGCGACCCGCUCGGCCUCAACCAGUACACCGAGGACAUGCGCGCUCGCGAGAUCAACAACGGUCGCUUCGCCAUGUUCGCGGCGAUCGGGAUCAUCGCUGCGGAGCUCCUGACUGGCAAGGACGCUGUUGAGCAGCUCGGCUUCUGA